AUCCAGAAGCAGGCAGCUCUGGUACUGAAAUAGAUGGCAAUUUCAUGUCACUGAGUUUGCAUCUUUCUUCCUGGUACAAGCAUUGGAUUGACCACAGUCUUGCAAAGGGUUUUUGUACAUCUAUGAAGUGCAUUGGAUGUUGACUUCUGAAUUUUUGCAAUUAUUUUUAGCAUACUUUCUAAAAUAUAUUUUUUUCCAAAUGCUUGGGUUUCAUUGAUUAAUCACUUGCUUUUCUGCUGCCUGUGUUUUUUCAUUGACUAUAAUUAACCUCCAUAAUUAAACAAUAUAUAUAAAUAUUAAUUGCUAAAAAGGAGACUGGAUCUAUCUUUGUUGUAAGAGGACAGCAAUCAAGGAAUAUUUUUUUUCUUGCAUUGCAAUCAUGGAUGUUUUGGCUAGUUAUAGUAUAUUCCAGGAGCUUCAGAUUGUACAUGACACGGGCUACUUCUCAGCAAUGCCAUCUCUGGAGGAAAAUUGGCAGCAGACAUGUCUGGAGUUGGAAAGGUACUUGCAGACGGAGCCUAAAAAGAUGUCUGAGGCUUUUGGCGAGGAUUUGGACUGUUUUCUGAACACAUCCAUUGCUCAAGGCACAGAUGGCAGUGCUCGCAAAUUGGAUCCUAUUGUAAUUCCUGUGGACAUCAGCACAUAUGAAAAACGUCCUAGCAUGGACCUACUGCUUUCUCAAGACAAGCUUCUAUCAGAGACCUGUGUCAGUCUACAGUCUGCCAGCAGUUCUGGAGAGUGCUUCACAUCUGUAAACCAGGCGCAACUCAAUGCAGUGACUUCGCUAACGCCACCUUCUUCCCCAGAACUCAGCAGGCACCUAGUGAAAACACCGCAAUCCCUCUCUGCUCUGGAUGGCACUGUAACAUUAAAACUGGUGGCCAAAAAGGCUUCUGUUAGCUCAGGAAAGACAGCAGAGUCUGCAUCAAGUGCGAUUGCAUCCAAGUGCAGUCUGAGCGACAGUGAGCAGACAGGGUCCUUGGGGGAGGCUUCUCCUGAAAACAAGAAACGAGUACACCGUUGCCAAUUUAAUGGUUGCAGGAAAGUGUACACGAAGAGCUCACAUUUGAAAGCCCAUCAAAGGACACAUACAGGUGAGAAGCCAUACAAGUGCUCCUGGGAAGGGUGUGAGUGGCGCUUUGCUCGCAGUGAUGAACUUACGAGGCACUAUAGAAAGCACACUGGGGCGAAACCAUUCAAAUGCAACCACUGUGACAGGUGUUUUUCUAGGUCUGACCACCUUGCUCUACACAUGAAGCGACAUAUCUGAGGACUUUGAAGAGAAAAAUGAUUGUUUAGUAUUGGGAAUACCAUUGAGUAAAAGUGGACAUUCUUGGUUAUGCCCAUAAUGUUGCAGCAGGAGAAAUAGAACAUUGCCACAUGUAAAAACUGUACACAAUUUCCAUAUUGAUUAUUCACAUGCCGUCACUUGCUCACUUAUAGAAGAGGAUACUGUCUGUUAUGCCCUGCUCACCAGUCUAAUUGAGAGAAGACUGGAAGAAUUUAGAAUGGAUGAAAUCUUGGACAGAUGUGUCCAAUUUGUCUCUGUUAGUAUGGAAAAUAAAAGUAAGACUUCCUGCAAGUGGACAGAAGUGAUAGUGGGCUCUGAAGAACUCACUUUAUUGCAACUCAGAAGAUCUAAAAUCUCACCUUCCAGUUGCAUCUUUGUAGCACUAAACCUUUAAAAUACAUUUUAAAAAAAAAGUUGGAUUUUUGAACUAGAAAACCAAAUCCCAUGAGUCUUUUGGCUUAUGUUUCAGUUGGAACACUCCUAAUCUAGAAAACUCCUAAUUCAAAUAAGAUCCUCAUACGGUUUGGGUCCCCUUUGGUUUUGCCUCUUUAUUGGAGUUUCACAACCCUUUUAACUCAAUGCCAUAGGCCUUACUGGCACUAAAAUAGGUGGAGUCACAAAAAAGUAAACAAUUUCUGCAAUUGUUUGGUCAAUAUUUCACUAGGACUAAUGGAUGGAGGGACAUAAAUAGAAAACUUCCCACACUUAUUUAUUUUUUACUUCUGUUGACUGUAGCACAUGGUAUGCACUAGGGACUUCUAUAAGCCGCUAUCACUGACUGAAAUGGGACCUUGUUUAUUGAAACUGGAGUAUCCCCGCCACCGGUGUGUGCGCUUCCAAAGGCUGAAGACCUCAUCAUUUUUCACAAUGAUCUAUUUUAGUUCUAGUUUAUUGAAAGGCUGAUUGGGAAGCCUUGUACGAUUAUAUCCUCUUCAUGGACAAAUAACUGGUUUAACUCCAUCUAGACUAUUUUUGAUUGGAUUGGACCAGCAACUUAGGCUUGACUCCUAACUAAUGGCUGUAAGCCUUCUUCAACUGAACUUUCCAAAUGUUCUUGUUCAUUGACUUUUAAACCUAACAAUAUAACUAGUUAGAAAUGUAAUGUUAUUUCCAGAGCAGCUGCAUUUUUUACUAAAUCUUUUGUUUAAGUGUCUAACAACGACAAAAAAAAACAACCAAAUAUGUACAUCCAUACAACAUUGGAUAUUGAAGAACACCUUAAACUAAAUUGACUUUGUAAGACUCUACCUUUGGUGGUUUAAAAGCAGAUACUUUGUUUACCAAGGUCAAUAUAGAAUUAGAAUUCUCUUAACAAUAAGAAUAUUAAGUAAACAAAGCUUUACCAUCUAUAUAGUUCAUUGGUGUUAGUUUUCCACAGGGUUGCAGUUGAUAUUACAAGCAGUAUGUCCAUUUUGACCUCAUAUUGGUAAUAUCAGGGAUUAAAGAAGAACAUCAAUUUGCCCACGUGAAAUCCUUUACAUUCUAGAUUUCAGAAUCAAUCAGGAUUAAAAAUAUCAAUGUACAUACAAUUUGCAUCCGCUAUUAAUUAAUUUUCACUUCAAAGGCUUCCUAGCCAACCAUAUCAAGCGGUCAAUUCAAGUAGGUGUGGUGGGGGACAGGUUGUAUAUUUUGUAUAUUCUGGGACCACCCCUAAGCCGCCAGUAAAAUUGCACAUUUGGUCCCAUGGUGUCUAGAUGAAAGCAGCUCUCUUACCCCAGCCAGCUGGCCUCUUUUAUCUUGUUUUGACUCCUUGACUGUUAAAACAAAAAAAAAAUUAAAAAAUUAAAAAAAAAAAAGAUAAAAAUAAUAAAAAGAAAAAACUGUACUAAAAAAAAUCACAAAAACACAAAACACCUUUAAAUAUUUGGGACUUAAAACAGAAUGAAGAGAUCAAUGAAUGAAUAGCCUUGGCACUUGUGGCAUGAGCCUUUAGCUGCUGGAUUAGCCUAUUACCUUUAUUAUAAGGCCUAUCUGUCUGCUAAACCGUUUUAAACUUCCCUUUCUAUUUGAGAUGUGGAACAUGCAUAUUGAAGGCUAAUAUUCUUUUCUUGCAGAAUAUUUUGACCUCUCAUUUCAUUGUUGAUAAAGAUUUGACAUUUUAUAGACUCUGAGACCAAAACCUAACCAUAUUUUAGGUGAUGUAAAACAUCUUAUUAACAAUGGAGGAAAGAAAAUGUUUGAUUCCAAAGAUUUAAAAGCAAAACAUACUUAUAUAUACCUGAAGCACUGCUUGUCGACAAUCCUUGUAGUCCUCUGCUUCUGCAUAUCAAUAUAUAUAAAAAUAUAUAUAUAUAUUUUUCCUAAUUUGUAUGGCCAUUCUGAUGGAUUUUUUAUUAUGGUGAUAAAUGCCAAGGGACAUUCAUACACCAGGAUUCAUAAAACCUUUAUAAUAAAAGGUUUUUGGUUAUAUAUUUUCAAUUAAAUAAAAUUAGCAAUUUAGAAAUGAAAUAAUUAUUUCACACCCCAGUCCCCUCAAAGCUCAGAACUAUAGAAGAUAUGCACAGGGUUUUUUUUUUGUUUGUUUGUUUUAAAUAUCUUUACAAUUUGCCAAAAAGAAGAUACAAAGAAUCAAGUAACUACUACUAAUUUCACAAAUAGUUUGAAUUUAAUCAAGUUUUCUUUGUGCCCAUUGCAGAGUCAAUCACAAGUUUUACCUGUGUUAUGAUAAUAGGUAGUUUCAGUUAUUACAGCCUUUUAUUAGCCACAAUGAAACAUUUCUUGUCAUAACUUAGAAAUUAUUUUACUGCUGUUGCACAGUGCAAGAUGGAAAAACAGGACAACCUAAAAUAAUCCCGCAAGUUCAGGAGAAAUUAAUUUAUUUUAGCAUUUUUAUAAUGAUUCAGUUUCUUACAAGUCAUAAGUGCUGCCUUGGUAUAUAAAAAUCACAAUAUAUAAGAUUAGUGCAUGCCAUAGUACAGGAGGUAGUCAACUCCAGCCAUCAGUAACUGAAUUACAGAUUUUAAAGCUCAGUCUAGUUGAACGUGUUAACUAAAUGAUGUCAAUAUGAUGAAUACAUUUGUAGCGAAGCCUGAUAGCCUAAUCUCUUGAUAUGCUUUAGCGACAUGAGUUGGCCACUCCUAUUGUAGUACAGGGAAUAAUUCAAGUAUUUAACCUGAGUUUUAUGUUUUGAAGCCAAAUGUACUUCUAUUCAAAAUGUUAUUUAUAAGUAUACACCAUUUGCCCUAGAAAUCUCUUUCCAGACUAAGAUGACCACAUUUACCUAGAGAUUAAAUAAUAUAGUCUAUCCUCUAUGAACAAGAAAUACAGUACAUGAUAUACAACAGUUGAUAAGAUUUUGUCUUCACUUUUACUAGAUUAAUAUUAUAUAGUAUUCAUUUCCAGUUUACUGAAUUCUAACUGUUUACCUCCAAAACUUUUCUAUGUCUAGUCUUAAACUAUACAGGGUAGUUUUCUCAACUUUUCUUGGCUCUCGAAACAUGCCAUUUUAAAGCAAUUUGAAUUGUUUUAUUGCAAGUUUAAAUGCUUCUGAAAAGAGGAAUUGCUUCAAAAUGAGUUUCACAAAACCUUACUUUUUAAUAUGAUGUGCUCCCUGAGCUGUUUCAUGCACUUUGUAAGAAUCUGCUUCUCUUAAUGUGAAAUUAUACCCAUGAGAAUAUGUACUAUGGAGUGAACAAAAUCUGAUUUUCAUUUCCAUUUUCUGCCUUUUUUUUUUUUAAGUAAUGUUUAUAUGUUAUAUUUUUAAGAAGUCCUUUCUUAGUGAAUACAAAAACAAACACUAAUGGCAUAUACCUUCAUUUAACAUUAGUAAAAAAGUGAUGCUUUUAAUAUAUUUUGAAAAAUAUUUUGAAUCAUUGACACAUCAUAUUAUUCUAAGUGAGUUUAGAGUCUUAAAUAGUAAGCUUUUAUACCUUGAAACUCUCAGGUAAAGUGCUAGUAAUUUAGUGAGGCAUUAAUUUAUCUCUUCGGUAGUGUGUCUUGGAGCCUUACUCUGACCAAUGAUAGUAACAUAACCCCAGCUGUUUGCACUUCACAAACAGGAGUGUAUUUUAUUUCCAAAACCUGUAUAUCUGCUCUUAUCUUUGUGACCGCAGUUACAAUUUCAGUAUUAUGCCGAAGGCAGUUCUGUGGAAUUAAAGAGUGCUUGCUCAUUUUGGCUUUUAUAUAAAAAUGUAUUUGCCAAAAAUAAGUUAAAGACGACACUUAAAUAAAACCCAUAUUUGCUAGUAUCAUUUAAAUAUUCUCCAUUCAUUCAUGUACCCUUUAGUUUAAGUUUUAGUUAGCUGGAAAAAAAAGUGGUAAACAUUGUAGUCUGGUAAGUUUUCCAGUUAAUACUGAAGUAGACCUUCCUUUCUUAACAGUUGGUAACAUAUUUCCUUGUAGUACAUAAUACAUAUUGUGACUGCCUAUGGAUGUGCAACAAGGAUCAAAUUACAUACUGUAAAACAUACGUAAACCUUAUGCAUAUCUUCUAUUCAUAGUCUGACAGAAUAUAGGGGUGGCUUUAUUGCAUCAUCUUAUGCUCCCAAUAAAAUAUUGUACUUUAAUGGCCAACCAUUGUGCUGAGGAGCUAAUGGGAUUAUACAAUAACAAUCCAAGUAGUUUUUUCAUCUUCUUACUAGUUUCUCCCAUUUCCCUUUCCCAUUGGUUCUCUCCUCACAAAUUUUGUAAAGGGAAGGCUGUCGAUGUAUUAAGGAUUCACUCAUUGCUUGCUGGGGUCUCUAGACCCCUUUCCCUCCCUAUUCCAAGUGUAAUCUUGAAAAUGAUCACUUUAAGAUCAAGCCUAGUGUAGUAUUCAAUAAAUGUUGCACUUUUUCAAUCUUGUAUUGAGAACAGGGGUUGAGAAGAUGGAGACCCUCUGCUUCCCGCCGUUGAAUGAAAGAGAAGAGUGAGUGUGUUCUUUGGUAAUUCCCUUAUUGGUAAUUCUUGGUAAGCAGAUAUUUAAUGAGUAGGGGGUAAUUCUGCUGCCUUAUUUUCAGCCCCAUGAGUGGAGUUAUCUAGUUAGAAAUUUAGAAGCCUGAAGCUAUUUUCUUUUCCAAUAUCCUGUACAAUACCAGGAUGAACAGCAACGUUGUCUGGUAUUGUGAUGGUUGAACCAAUUUUAAACACUCCUUUUCAGGCCUAUUUUUGUGUGUGCAAAAAGUUUUAAAAAAAAAAUAAAAUAUGGAAAAUAAACUGAGAACCAUUCAGAAAAAAAGUUAUUACUUAAUAAAAACUGGUUAUUAUGGUUUUAAUUUUUUUUAUAACAGUGAUAAUUUUUCAUAAGUAGUUUUGUUGUCAUUUCUAAUCUAUACAUUAUAUCCAGGCUGCCUUGAAUUCACAAAUUCUGUAACCAUUUGCGAAAAAAACAACAAAAAACUUUGCAAGACAUUUAAUAAUUAUCAUUUAUGCAGAACUAUUUAAUGAUUCCAAAAAUGUAUUUGCAAUGAUGAAACAUUUUGUAUAUGUACAUUAUUUUAAACAUUACCAUGUUCAGCUUAUAUCUGAAGAAAAGAAAAAAAAACUUUAGAAUGUCACUUGUUGAUUUAUUAUGAAGGGUUAUCUUUCUGUAGUAGUCUAAAUAAUAUUAAUAAACAUUCUACCACAAUAGUGUAGAAUUGGGCUUGGAUUGGAUAGCUUGGCUGGCAUUGUAUAAAUAAUAAUAAUGAAGAGACUUCUGAAGACAUACUUUUAAUUUUAAUGGUUGUCUGAAUGUCAAAAAUGUUAAAAUAGUACUGUUUUGGCAGUUUACUUCCCUCUAAUCUCAUAAAGGUGUCUUGUUAAUCUUUAUAGUACACUUGUAGUAGGUCCUGCUAGCUAUCAAACAUACAUAUAUUAUGGUCUGUUAAUAACUUGUUACACAAUGUUAAUUUCUGAGACCCAUCUAAUCUGCAUUAAUAGAAAGAAUAACUGAUUUACAGCAUAGCCUGCUAUUUACGAUCUGUGAAAAACAAGAUAAUUCACUAACUGUCACAAUAAUUGGGUAAGAUUGGAUCAUAGUUUUGAUUAGUUUCUUACUCUAUUAACAGUUUAUGGUCUAUUUAACUAAACUGUAUACAUCUUGCAAUCUAACAUGAUAUUUCAUGAACAAAAUCGUUCUGGAUAUCUCACGUUUUUGCCAUUGUUUUUAUUUGAAUUUGUCAUUUUAGAGGAUUUCUCUUAUUUAAAAAAAAGAAAAACUAAAUAUAUUGUUGUUUAGUAAAAUUCUGAAUGCUUCUCAGAUUUAAAAAAAACAAAAAACAAAAACACUGCUUGAAGGAAUUUAAUUUUGCACUAUAAUUUUUGUGUUUGUUCUUUUUCUUUUUAAAAACUUUAUUUAUUUUUUUGGCCAGGUGUGUCGAACAAGUGCUUAUGGAGAGACCCUCAAUUAUAUUCUCUCAGGCCUUUUAUGGUAUUUCUACUAUAUCCCAGAAAUGCCCAAUUUAUAGCUCUCCUUUCAGAAUUUUAUUUUUUUUAAUUUAAUUUUAUUUGGUUGCUUUUUUUUUUUAAUUUUUUUUAAAAAUCUUUUUAUAUAUGAAUAUAUUAUUUUGUCAUUUUUUUGCUGUACAAAAGUCUUAAGAAUUAAACAAAUAUUAUUUGUAUUAUAUGAUGGUGGUAUGUUAAUGUUACAAAAUUAUUAAUGAAGAAAAAAAUUUAUUUUUGUUACUGGUCUGUUUCAUAAUUCUUUUUUAAAUUGGUAUAUUGUAAGAUAUCUAUGCAAAAAUGUUAUGUGACGCAUUUUUAUUUAAGAAUGUAAUAUGUGUAAUAAAAAGUAGAAUGUGUUUGGCCUGGAAA